ACAAAAUACGACCAUUUAUGUGAUAGACUCUUCUCUUCCCGCAAUUCUCUAGAAGCUCUUAAAACCGCCUUCUUCCCAGGUUUCUUAAAAUAUUUUCUUAUUAGAAUUGUGAUGUAAAGGAGCAAUUGAACUAUUACAGGUACAACCAAGAAAUCUUUUUCCCAGAAAUCUUUUGUGAAAAUUGAAAUUAUCAUACAUCAAUUGUAAAUCCAAGAGAAAGAAAGUAAUGAGAUCAUCGAAACGGAGAGCUGCAGAUAACAGUAGAGGAAGCAAUAAUGGCUCUGACCAUUUACAAACCCUCCACCAACGUCUUAAACAUGCUUUAAGUCUUGGUACCGCCAGACCGAGUGAUGAUAAAGAUAGGAAAUGGAAGUGUACGGAUUUAGAAAUUCAGAAGCAUGUGGUUCGAUCCCUUGCUGCUUUUCUUGAUUCUUCUUCGGGAGCUUCCUCCAACCAUCGCCUUCUCAAGGAUUCUCUUGCUGAUAUUGUUGAGGCAUUGGUGUGGAUUCUGCACUGUAAAAGUGAAGCCAUAAUAAGCAUGACGGUAAAUGUGGUGGUGAAGUUGGUCAGCAGUAACGGUUCAAUGAUGCAAUUGUACUUGACAGAUCUCGUCAACCCUUUGUCAUCAUUAUUAUGUUCCGACAAUUUCGAAGUUGCUACUUCCUCUGCCACAGCUUUGAACAUGGUCCUUUCCAAUCUAAGUGCAAAGAGGGAGAAACAAGUUUGGGAUAUAGUCAAAGAUACAAAGAUUCUUAUUCAAAUUAUUAGGAUUAUCCGAGAAUUUCCUGGUAGCAUCCGGCCCAUUGAGAAUUUUCAAGAGAUGGCUUCCCUAUUGUAUACAAUAUUGUGGCGGUGGCCUCAAUCUCGUUAUUUUGUGUGGAAUGAUACUAUUUUGAUCAAAGUUUUAGAAGAUAGAUUUACUAAAUCUCAUCUAUCUACAAAAGUUUCAGUGUUGAAAUUGUAUUCUGCAUUAGCUCUAUGCAAUAAAGUAGCCAAGGAGCUUCUGGAAAACGGUGAAACAAUUCUAACAAUGAUGGUUUCUUGCAUGGAUGGUUCAGAACCUCUGGCGAUUAGGAUAGAGGGAUUUAGACUUGCCCAGCAUUUGGCGGCAGAUGAACAGCGAUGCGUAAAAAUGACAAGCUUUUGUUCUGGGCCUCUAAUUAAAGCCAUUAUUGGAGGAAUGAGAGUAUGGAGGUUGGGCGCUGGAAAGGGUGCAAAUGAUCUGAUGUCUUUGCUAGAUGAAGCCUGUAGGUUGGCUCUAAUUAGUCGCUGGCCGGGAGAACAUCACCAUCACUUUUGGGAGCAAGGGAUUGACGAAGUUCUUCUUGAUCUACUUUUUGAAAAUUUUGACAAACAAGCAGUGAAGCAUCCUUUGUCACCUCGGGAACAAAUGUUUAUUGCUCAGGAAGGCCUUGAUAAUAAUUUUCUUCUUGCGCUAAGACCAUACAUCUGGGAGAUUUUUGGAUGGCUUGCUGUGCACUGUGCGAAAGAUUUUAGACCAAGAACGGAUCAAAAUGAGCUCUGUAUUGACAUGCUUAUCAUGUGUGCAUGCUUGUCUUUUGUAGAAGCAAUUUGCAAAGGAUGCCAAAUUUGCGAAAACAAUGAUGCCUCUAGAAGUGAGUCAUCAUCACGAGCAGUUUUAGUGAUGAUGCAUUCUAGCAACACAUAUAUUGGGUCAAAAGUAAAACUCAUCCUUUCUGGUGUUCUAGAGAUGAAGGGAAAUGAGUGUCUGAAACGCUUGCUGCGUUUUCUAGAUUAUGCGUCAUCAGCAAAUAACUUUGGGUCACCAAACAUCCCUAAAACUGUUUUUGAAUUGAUUGGUUUGAUUUGUUAUUCUGAAUUGCCUCAAUAUCAAAAAAAUGUUAUUAGAGGUGAUGGGAUGAAGACACUAGUGACUUCUAUAAAAAGUUGCUUGAGCAAUCAAGUGUGUACUAAGAGGAGAAGCUUUGCCCUUCAUUUCUAUAAUAAUGUGUAUUAUGAGAGGUCGUGUUGCUGGAUGACUGUUGAAGAGUGGGAAGGAAAAGACGCUCUUUUAUUUUACAGUUUGUGGGGACUAGCUUUGUUUUUACAGCAUUCCUCUGCUAUAGAUCAUACUCAUAUCAAAUCUCAUUUAAUAAAGACAGUGCAAGAAGUCUUGGAUAAUGUAUCUGCUACUGGGCCAAGGUGGUUGGCUGCAAAUAUUCUUAGUUUUUUUGGUGUUUAUGGUUUCCCCGGUAAACAAGACAGAGGUUCUGGGAAAGCACUUGAAGACAAGGAGCAUACUGAUCUGCAACUCUUUUUCGCAAAUGGUGAGUCUGUGAGUGUUCAUAAAAUUGUUCUUGCAGUCCGUUGUCCAUCAUUGCUACCCCCUGAGCAGUUUCCCCAGAUUGCAAAAACAACUGAUAAUGUUUUAGUAAGAGAUAUUCCAAAGAAUCUCUACUCAAUAUUGCAGAAAGAAGUCCGUUUGUCUGCUCUUGUUGAUCAGCAGGCUCUACUGAAGUUGUUGGACUAUGUUUACUAUGGUUAUCUUGAAGCAGGAGAGGAGCUUGCAAGGAAGUUGAAAACUCUGGCUAAAUCUUGUAACAUGCAACCGUUAUUCCAAAUGCUUUGCAGAAAGAUACCUAAGUGGGGUACUCCAAUUCCAAAAACUGAUUUGACUGACGCUCUUGGUUCAUUUGGGUUCCAAUUCACGGAUAUAAUCUUGGAAGCUAAAGGGACAGAACAAAUGUCCUGGGCAUGCAGUUUUUGCUCUCUAUUGGUUCCGCACAUGCAUGCUCACAAAAUCAUACUGCAGUCAAGGUGUAAAUAUCUACAAGCUUUGUUUCUAUCUGGAAUGCAGGAAAGCCAUUCACAAAGCAUAAAGGUUCCUGUGAGUUGGGAAGCAUUGAUCAAGUUAGUUCAAUUGAUCUACAGUCAUGAGCUGCCUGAUCCUCCCUUUGGAUGUGUGUGGGACAAUAUGGACACUGAGGAAAGGCUAUAUGAGCUGAAACCUUAUGUAGAACUGUACUGGCUGGCCAAAUUUUGGAUUUUGGAAGAUGUUCAAGAAGACUGCUUCACAACUAUCACAUCUUGCUUGGAUUCCGAUAGACAUUUAGCUGUUGAAGUUAUGAAACUUGCUUAUGGUUUCUCUCUGUGGAAGCUAGCGGAGGUAGCGGCAGAUUACAUGGCCCCUCUUUAUCCUAAACUCCGUGACUCCGGUGUUCUUGAACAACUUGAUGAUCUGCUAAUUGAGUUGGUUCGUGAUGCUUCUGUGAGGCUCACUCAAGAGCGGUAACCUCUAUCGAUGAUAUCAUAUAACCUAUAAUAUACGAAGGUGAUUAGUGAAGCAUUAUUAUCAGGGUAAGAAGUGUUGAAGCCAUUUCUCAUACGUCUAGUACCAUCCAGUGAAAAACCAGAUACGAACAUGCUCUUCAUGUAGAUUUUGCGUACACUAUUUUAACAAUCUAUGUUUUACCUAAGACGUCCUGGUCAUACAUAACUGACGAGCCCUGUGUCUUAGUUGGCCUGGUCCGUGACAGGACGGAACAGUUCAACUGUGAAUUAGGUAAGAAAUUUUGGUUAGGAUUGAUAUACACGUGUUAUGAUGAAAUGAAUGAGUAAUUUUAAGGAUAUGAUUCAUUUUGUUGUGACCAAAGUGAUCCGUUUGGUAGCUAGCUCUUCAAUAUUUGCCUUACAUUUUGUUGUAGAGGAGCGGCCUGUAA